UGCAUGUGGCUUUUUUGGAGGAUUUUUGCUCGAUUUAAAACAUGGGAAAAGCAAAGAAAUCAAAGUCAAGGGCCGCUACAAAUGAUCCACUGAGUAGUAGAGGGGGUCAUUUAGCUGACCAGAUAUUGGAAGAUAAAUCUGUUCGCGUUCCAGGCCGUACGAAGGGAAAACAGCGGAGGGAGCAAGAUGAUGAUUUUGUUGAUGAGAAACUGUCGCGGAAAAUCUUAGACCAGGCGCGUCGCCAACAAGAAGAACUAGAAGAUGAACAUGGUGUCAAGAAGAGAGAAAAGAAAUCGCCGAAGACUGUCAGUCUUGGUGCGGGACCUUCGAAACCUCAGUCUGAUUCUGAAGAUGAUAUAUCGGAUGCAGAAGAAUUCGAUUAUGAGCAUGUUGAAAUUAAUGAUGAAGAUGAGAAAGCAUUGGAAAUGUUCAUGUCAAAAUCAGCUCCACAGCGGCGGACACUUGCUGACAUUAUCCAAGAGAAACUCACCGAGAAACAAACAGAAAUACACACAUUAAUGUCAGACCAGGGAAGUCUUCAGAUUCAACAGCUAGAUGAGCGAGUGGUGAACAUGUACAAACAAAUAAAACAGAUCUUAUCCAGAUAUCGGAGUGGGAAGUUACCGAAGGCUUUCAAGAUCAUACCAUCGUUGUCAAACUGGGAACAGAUUCUUUACAUCACAGAACCAGACCAGUGGUCGGCCGCUAGCACCUACCAGGCAACCAGGAUCUUCGCUUCUAAUCUCAAUGCUAAAAUGGCGCAAAGGUUCAUAAAUCUGGUGCUGUUGCCUCGGGUGCGGGAUGAUAUUGCAGAAUAUAAGAAGUUGAAUUUUCAUUUAUACAUGGCAAUAAAGAAAGCACUUUUCAAACCGGCUGCAUUUUUCAAGGGAUUUCUUCUACCACUCUGUGAGAGUGGCACAUGCACACUACGAGAAGCUGUAAUCAUCGCCAGCAUCCUUGCAAAGUGUUCAAUACCGAUGCUGCACUCAGCAGCCGCCAUCUUGAAAAUAGCGGAGAUGGACUACAACGGAGCCAACAGUAUUUUUCUGCGGACGUUGCUUGAUAAGAAAUAUGCAUUACCGUACCGAGUGGUGGAUGCUGUGGUGUUCCACUUUAUUAAGUUCCAAAUGGACAAGCGAGAGCUCCCUGUCCUGUGGCAUCAGUGCUUCCUCACAUUCAUCCAGCGCUACAAACAGGACAUCUCGACGGAACAGAAAGAGGGGUUAAUGGAGGUGCUACGCGCGCAUACACAUCAUACGAUAACGUCGGAAAUAAGACGCGAACUGAUGAACUCAAAGUGUCGGGAUGAUGAGACUGCAACGCCACCUGAUGAUAUGGAUUCAUAGGACUGUGGUGAUGGAAUCAGAAGCUUGUUAUAUUUUGAUAGACAGCAAGGACUUGGGAUUUUGAUCAUCGCGGAUUCGGUAGUGUAACUGAACACCCACUGAAAGGCUUGUCACUGCACUGAUAUCCUUGUUGGUUGAACUGCAAGUAAAUCACUUGCAGGUGAUAAUUUUAAGAUUUGUAAA